UUAACAUUUCGAGCGGGCGCAGCACAUUCCAGUGAGCAUUUAUCACACCUGAGAGAGAGAGUGAGAGAUCACGCGAGAGGGACCAAGGAGCGAGAUGUGGAUGUUUGCUUUCUCUUUUGCACCUUCGCAGAUCCGUCGUUUUCUCCGAUCGUAAGGUAUUGUUGGGGCGAUCCUGGCGCGUGCUUGAUCUCAAUCGAUCACCUUUUUGGAAGAUCGAAGUUCUAAUUGGUAAACAGAACAGGAUGUCGUCGUGAGAAUUUCGGCUGCGAGUGGAAUGCUAAUGAUAUUAGAUGUUACCAUAGAGCGACUUGAACACAUCUUGACCGUCUAAAUCAACCGGGGGCUAAUUACGGAGGAAAAGUUGCACUAGCUAAGGCGGGCAAAAAUGAAGCCACGUCGCGGGGGUGCCUCCCGGGGCUACGAGGAGAUGGACGGUGCCAAUGUUCCGACGUACGGAGGAACCCGAAACGGAACCAGUUCCGGCGGACCACCCAGCAACGAUCCGUCCAGCCCGAUCAAUAACAACAACAACAACAGCGUCGUCGGAGGUGGAGUUCCGCCGGAGUUUGAACUGGCCUCGGUGUCGGUGGUUCCGGACGAUACCUUCACCGUAACGCAGGCCGUCAACGCCCUCGGCUUCGGGUGGUUCCAGGUGAAGCUAUCGCUGUGUGUUGGGCUCUGCUGGAUGGCCGAUUCGAUGGAGAUGACCAUCCUGAGCGUGCUUGGGCCGGCGUUGCACUGUGAUUGGGGCAUUACCAGGUAUCAACAGGCGCUCGUUACGACGGUGGUGUUCCUCGGGAUGAUGCUGAGUUCGACCUUUUGGGGACACUUGAGCGAUCGGUACGGGAGGAAGCCGGCAUUGACGUUAUGUGGAGUUUUGCUGUUUUUGUACGGACUGUUGAGUUCGGUCGCACCCAGUUUUGGAUGGCUGCUGUUGCUGAGAGGAUUGGUUGGAUUUGCAAUCGGCUGUGUACCACAAUCCGUAACACUGUACGCCGAGUUCCUCCCAACCAAGCAGCGCGCCAAAUGCGUCGUCCUGCUGGACUGUUUCUGGGCACUGGGCGCCUGCUUCGAGGUUGCCCUAGCCCUGGCCGUCGGUCCCAAUCUAGGGUGGCGUUGGCUUCUGGGCCUUUCAGCGGCACCGCUGUUCGCCUUUGCCGUUAUCACUCCGUGGUUACCAGAAUCUGCACGCUACCACGUGACCAGCGGUCAAAGUGACAAGGCGUUGACCACGCUUGAACAGAUCGCAAAAGAUAACAAACGACCGAUGCUGCUCGGUCGCCUGGUGGUGGAGGGUCCCAGCGGAUCUCGCGGCAGUUUCAAAGCCCUGCUGGGAAGUUCGCUUCGCAGGACCACCCUGCUGCUGUGGUUCAUCUGGAUGUCGUGUGCGUUCUGCUACUACGGAUUGGUCCUAAUGUCGACGGAGCUGUUUGGCGGCAAGAACAAAACCAUAACGCCGGACACGGAGAACGACUGCCACCCGUUGGCCACCACCGACUACAUGGACCUGCUGUGGACGACGCUGGCGGAAUUUCCGGGCAUUUUCGCGACGAUCUACGUGAUUGAAAAGUUUGGGCGUAAAAAGACGAUGGCGUUGCAGUUUCUGUUUUACGCUGGCUGCGUCCUGCUGAUUACCGUUACCGAGGUUCGCGUCUUCCUAACGAUCAUCCUGUUCAUGGCCCGUGGCGUUAUCGCCGGACUCUUCCAGGCUGCGUACGUGUACACGCCGGAAGUGUACCCAACGGCGCUGCGUUCCGUCGGAGUGGGAGGAUGUUCGGCGCUGGCACGGUUGGGCGCCAUGGCGACGCCCUACAUCGCGCAGGUUCUCUUCCAGACGUCGAUCUGGAGUGCGGUGUCGGUGUACGGAUUCUUUGCGGUUUGUGCCAGCGUGGCCUGCAUGCUGCUGCCGUACGAGACGCGGGGAACCGAUAUGGGGCAGUAGGAGAGGGGCGCGGACGCGAUGCCCCGAAACACCAACACAAAGAUACCUCUUCGAUGGGAUGCACUCACGCACACUUUAGGAGAUAAUGCGAUUGUUACUCUUUGAUACAGUUAAGCUUUUUGUUUGCUUUUGUUGACCGAAGAUUCGAGUUGUUUUUUGUACGUUUUAAGUAGUGUGUACAAAAUAUAUACAAGUAUUUAUUUAUAUUAAA